AUGGUGGAAUCAACAGUCGGCAAGGUGAUUGAAUGCAAGGCCGCCAUCGCGUGGGAUGCGAAGCAGCCCCUGGAGGUGGCCACCGUGAGCGUGGACCCUCCCCAGGCAGGCGAGGUCCGGAUCCGCAUCAUGGCCACCGCUCUCUGCCACACCGACUCCUACACCCUGGAUGGUCAUGACCCAGAGGGUCUAUUCCCUUGCAUCCUGGGACACGAAGCUGCCGGCAUCGUGGAGAGUGUGGGAGAGGGUGUGACCUCCCUCGCCGUAGGCGAUUCGGUCAUCCCCUGCUACCAAGCCAACUGUGGCAGCUGCAUCUUCUGCAAGCACCCCAAGUCCAAUCUGUGCACAGCCGUCCGCCAGUACACCGGGAAGGGUGUGAUGAAGGCAGAUGGGAAGACCAGGUUCCACUGCAGGGGAAGGGACAUCUACCACUUCAUGGGCACCUCCACUUUCUCAGAGUACACUGUGGUGCACGAAGUGUCGGUGGCCAAGAUCAACCCCGAGGCGCCCCUGGAGAAGGUUUGCCUGCUCGGAUGCGGUGUGGCCACCGGGUGGGGGGCGGUGUACAACACCGCCGAGGUCCAGCCCGGCCAGUCUGUCGCGGUGUUUGGCUUGGGCUCCGUGGGUCUGGCCGUCAUCGAGGCCGCGCAGCGCGCUGGUGCCACGGAGAUCGUGGCCAUCGACACGAACCCGGACAAGUUCAAGCUCGCCAAGGAGUGGGGAGCGACAAAGUGCAUCAACCCCAAGGACCAUGACAAGCCCAUCCAGCAGGUCCUGAUCGAGAGCUCCCCCGAUGGCUGGGGGUACGACGCGACCUUCGAGUGCAUCGGGCACGUGGAGGUGAUGAAGGCGGCGCUGGAGGCGGCCCAUCGCGGCUGGGGCCAGUCCGUCGUCAUCGGCGUGGCAGCCGCCGGCCAGGAGUUGCACACCCGCCCUUUCCAGCUGGUCACCGGGCGGCAAUGGAAGGGCACCGCCUUUGGAGGGUACAAGUCGCGGGAGCAGGUCCCUGGGCUUGUCGAGCUGUACCUCAAGGGUGAGACCAAGCUGGACAAGUACGUCACCCACGCCUUCGACUUUGACAAGAUCAACGAGGCCUUUGACCUGCUCCACUCCGGCAAGAGCCUGCGUACGGUGCUCACUUUCUAG